GAGACAGUCGGUUAGCAGUCAGUUCACCGUAAACUCGCGCCGAGUCGUGUUUUAUUCUCUUAAUUAUAACGAUCAUACACGUGGAACAUAUAAAAGCAAACAUAGUACUAACCGAUAAAAAGGUCAUCCCCUUUUAUUAUAAAUUUCUCACAUUUAUUUUCUCUUUUUUAGUCUUUUUAUUUUGUCAAUCCUAUUAUAUCUCUUAUUUCCCACUUCCACCGGUAACACUUGGAUCUUCUUUUUGCUUUUCAUCCAUUUGAAAGUAUCAAAAAUAAAAGUAGAAUUUUCACGACGAAGAAACAAUCAUCCUUCGCGAGCGUUCGUCGACAUCGAAUGGGACGAGAGUGGGUGGGUGGGAGAGUUGUUUGUAUGAGUGAGGGGGUGAGGUCAAAAAGUAUUCCCGAACUUUUCUCUCUACCUUUCCACUCUGUACUGAACCCUCUUGCCUUACCCUUCCCCCAUUAACCUAUCUUGAACGAAUCGGUUUUUCAAUUUUGUCUUCUCUACUUUUUUGCUUUCACCCUAUUUUUUUCCCGCUUAAACCAUUGGAUACCGCGAAUGGAAACGUCGAGUCAGAAUCCCAAUCGGUGGCUCCCGUUUCUCUUCAUCGUCAUCGUCGACGAGUUGAAGUUGUCGAUGCGGUUAUCCCCUCUUCCUAUUCUAUUCAAGAGUUAACCAGAUGAGGGAAAGAGAGGAGGGGAUCAGUAAAAGGACGCGAGCGUUGGAUCGAAGAGGGUACGAUCAAGCUCACGACUUUAUUCCAUCAGUCUUUAAUCGUACCUUUACCUAUUAACUAAGGUGAAAACCCUUUUUCUUUUUCUUUUUUUUUUUCUCUCGAAAAAUAAAAAAGUCUAUGAACUAAUUGACGGGAUAAUAAUAAUAAUCAAAUCUACCAGGGUUUACAGAUCACGUGCGUUUGUUCGAAUUAGGAAGCGCAUGCGUGAAUUUGGCGAUACCGCGACUGAAGAAUCGGCCAGUAGUAGUCAGUCUCCUUAAUUUUAAUUCGUCUCCGGGGACUCGAUAAGAACCUGAUUUUCGCGCUCGUAGCGCUAAUUUUUUCCUUAUUUUCCUUUUCUCUUUAUCCUAUCCUCCUCCUUCUUUUCCUCUUACUCUUACUCCUGUCUUCGGAUAUUCAUGGACGGUGGAAAAAAAAUAAUAGUGUUAAACAUGUUUACGUGACAUUGUUCUUCGUAAUUUCUUCGCGUGUUCGACUAACAUAAGUUCUCGAGUUUUCAAGUAAUUUACAUAGUUGCGUUUGCUUCAAUUAAAGAUCGUCUGCUCGAUUAACAAGGAGAAUACGACAUAAUUGGAGAGAAUUUUAUUCACGAGGGAUACGCGAAUAUUGUGAAGAAUUUUGUAAGAAUCAAAUCCACACAUAAGUCACGGCCAAUCGAAAUCCUAAGGUUUCAUGAUGCAGUGAUCAACGAUAUUGCGACUCGUUUAUCUUCGAUACGAAAGGGACAUGGAUAAAGACAGGAAUGCACAGGCUGGCGCUAGUAUUCCUUUGGUAACUACCUGCUCUUGAAGAUUCUUCAUUGAGAAGAUACCUGGUGUCGGUAAAUUAUCACAACGUUAAAUAAUCAUCGUCAACAUCAUCAUCGUCGUCGUCGUUGCGUUCGAGUAGCUUUUUAUCGAGUCGCAUCUCCGCCUGAUAGAAGGGUCACGAGAGACGAUAUGGGGGUGGCCUCGCACGGUGCAGCUGCGAACGCGAAUGCGUCUACCGGUGGUUGUUCAAGUGGUACAACUCCACCACCACCACUACCACCAUCGCGUCAGCACAAUCCUUCCUCCCCUGGUCGAAAUGGUCAGCUGUCUAAGCAAGGCACGCUGACGAUAGUACGACGCAGUUCGGGUAAAAGCAAAAGCCUCGGCGGUGGCAGUUUCGAGAGUUCACCGCCAUCCCAUAAUCCUGACAGGUUUUUGUCGAGUCAGUCAGUUGAUCUCGACGAGAUCCUUGAUAAUGUUGAUCUCACGACAGAUUCGCUACCAGCCAUCGACACCCCCGACGCCUGCGACAAAGCUGCCCUCAGGCUUCGAUGUCUGUUGAGGCAACUUCAACACGGCGAAAUAUCGGCCGAAUUGCUUCAAAGAAAUUUACAUUACGCUGCACGCGUACUAGAAGCAGUCUUCAUAGACGAGACAAAGGUGAGUUCAGGCGGGAAUGAGUGCUCUCGGUCAUCACGUAGGGGUGCGGUUCUGACUUCUACAUCCCUGGGGGGCAGCAUGGACCCGGAUGGACCACAGAGCCACGCGGUGGUAACCCAGAAAAGGAAGCUUCGCACCCCUGUGUGGGAAAGAGAUGCCGACCAUACGGAAUCAGCUGGUACUUGUCGACAAGGUGUACGCCGUAGACGAUUGGCAGAUGAAGAUGACGAACUGUCAGAAGUACAACCGGAUGCAGUACCACCCGAAGUUCGAGAAUGGUUAGCAUCGACAUUUACCAGACAGCUUGCUACGACAAGACGGAAGGCAGACGAAAAACCAAAAUUUCGAUCUGUCGCACAUGCCAUUAGAGCUGGAAUAUUUGUUGAUCGGAUUUAUAGGAGAGUAACCAAUACCGCUCUUAUGCAAUUUCCACCGGAUGUGGUUAAAGUACUCAAGACGUUGGACGACUGGUCUUUCGACGUGUUUUCAUUGAGCGAGGCUGCACUCGGAGCUCCUGUUAAAUAUAUAGGCUACGACCUAUUGAAUCGUUACGGCAUGUUACACAAGUUUAAAGUGCCACCUGCGGUUCUGGAAUGUUUCUUAGGAAGAAUCGAAGAAGGAUAUUGUAGACAUCGGAAUCCAUAUCACAAUAAUCUUCACGCAGCUGACGUUGCUCAAACAAUGCAUUACAUUUUGUGCCAAACGGGGCUAAUGAAUUGGCUGACCGAUUUAGAAAUAUUCUCAUCUCUCGUAGCGGCUAUUAUUCACGACUACGAGCACACAGGGACCACAAACAAUUUCCACGUAAUGUCUGGCAGUGAUACGGCGCUUCUUUAUAACGACCGAGCUGUGUUAGAAAAUCACCAUACAUCAGCUAGUUUCAGAAUAUUAAGAGAAGACGAAUGUAAUAUUUUGCAAAAUCUGUCGCGAGAAGAAUACAGAGAAUUUCGUUCUCUCGUUAUCGACAUGGUAUUGGCGACCGACAUGAGUUAUCAUUUUCAACAGCUGAAAAAUAUGAAAAAUCUUUUAAGCUUGGCAGAACCUAGCGUUGACAAAAGCAAAGCCGUCAGUCUUGUAUUACAUUGCUGCGAUAUUUCUCAUCCAGCGAAAAGAUGGGAUCUUCAUCAUAGGUGGACGACGCAGCUGUUGGAAGAGUUUUUUAGGCAAGGGGACAAAGAGAGAGCUCUUGGCUUGCCGUUUUCACCUUUAUGCGAUCGAAAUAAUACAUUGGUAGCGGAAUCUCAAAUUGGUUUUAUAGAAUUUAUCGUUGAACCGAGUAUGCAAGUGUGCAGCGAUAUGUUGGAGACAGUUCUUGCACCGUUGAAUGUUAAAGAAAGCGUAGAUGAGUCUGCUAAUGGUUCGACGGCUGAAAGUAACAGGUUUAAAAUAGGAAAACCAUGGAUACAAUGUUUAGCGGAGAACAAACAAAUUUGGAAGGAACAAGCAGUUCGUGAUGCAGAGGCUAGGGCGCAAAAGGAAGCGGAACAAAAUUCGAAUGAGGAGGGGGAAGGUGGGGAGAACGUUCAAACGACUGCGGAAGAGUGAAACAAAAAAAUAAUCGAGAUGACGAUUCAAGCUUGAUAAAUAAAAUAGCGAAUAUAUCUAUGUGGGAUUUUAGGCUACCAAUUGACGAAAGAUAUAUUCUCGUACAAACGAGAAAUCGGAAACAAAAAAAAAAAGAGAUAUACCAAAAAGGAAGGAAAUAAGAAAAAAUCCAGAAAAGAAUAAAAAAAAAAUGAAAAAAACUACUACUACUACUACUACUACUACUAUUACUACUACUACUACUCGCGUUUAAGCCGAACUUCGUUUUCUCUGUCGUUUUCUCUGAAAACAUUUUUUUCCUCGUCUCAACACCUUUGUAUUUAUGAAUAGAAAUUACAAAAAAAAAAAAAAAAAAAAAAAAAAAAAAAAAAAAAGAAAAAAAAAACAAGGGUAAUGAAAUUUCACCGCGAAUGCGAAAGUAGAUUAUUUACUUAGAAGGAAAAAAAAGAAGAAAAAUCGUGUAUGCUACUUAUGUACAUGAUGAUGAUGAUGAUGAUGGCUCUCUCUCUCUUUCUCUCUCUUUCUCUUUCUCUUUCUCUUUCUCUCUCUCUUUCUCUCUCUCUCUCUUUCUACGUAUAACACAAAUACCUCGACGCCAAUAUUCGUGCAACGACAAAUUUCCUAGAAACUUUUGAAAACAAGCAACCUAGAGAAGCCGUCGUUUAUUUCAAAGAAACACCUUGUGUUUAUUCUGCCAACACAGAAAGAGAAUAAUCGAUUUUGUUUCGGUCCCCAUUUCUAUGGCAGACCUAAGUUUCGUUUUGCGUUAGGUUUGUUACUUUUUUAUUCUCUCUCUCUCUCUCUCUCUCUUUUUAUCUAUUUCCAAAAUCUUGAAUAUUUUUACGAUCACGUUAACACAAAGUUCUAAUUAUCGUAGCCUAAAACGAUAGAUGACAAAAAAAACUUUGUUCAAAGUUAGACAGUUAUUAAUUUUGUUAAUAAAAUAAAAAAGAAAAGGGAAUUAUAUCGAUAAAGGGUUAUAUAGCCAUAGGAUGAUUGCUAAAUUUAAUCUUGCAUUGUCAUUCUAUUCUUUUCUAUUUUUUUUUUUUUUGUUUGUUUUUAUCUAGCGUUAGAAAAAAUGCAUAGAAAAAUGCAUGGGAUACGUUGUAUCUUCGUAGAAUGAUCGCGAGAACGGAGAUUAAAUUUUGAAAAUGAUUCAACCCAUCAACGAAUCUUAGUACAGAACUGUUUAAAUACAAUAUUCACAAUACGCAUCGAUUAAAUUAUUACGCAUUUUUUUUUAAAUUAAUAAAUUAGAAAAUUAAGCGGAUAGAAAAGUGUGGAGACCGAACGAUAUAUGAAGGAUGGAAAAAAAUAUAAUCAAUCGAAUUCGAAUGAAUAUUAUCGAACAUCGCGAGAUAAAUAUCUGGAUGGGGGGGGGGCGGGUUUCCUGUAUAAAUCGCGUUCCGUGCUUUUAGAUUUUAUUUGAUUAUUUUCUUCUCCUCUCUUCUCGUAAUAGAACACGAACGAGAUUCGUAUUUAAUAUCGACGUUAUAUUCGUGGGGGGGGGGGGGGGGGGGGGGGAGUGGCUGGGAUUAUUGUAAAUAUGCUUCAACGAGACGCACAUUAAAACUUAUUUUUAUACUUUCACAUUUACCUCGACGAAGAAAGUUAAGAGGGAAAAGUCAAAAAAAAAAGAAAAAAAAAAAACAAUCUAACUUACG